GAAGGGAAUUAUGUGAUGUGGCUGUCACUAAUGACGUCGAUCUGUGUCUUGACGUCAUCCUUCGGGUAUCGCUCGACUACAGUCAAUCCCACUACUUCAAAGGUCAUUGCAUACGAGAAAGACUUCAUCUGCUUUUAUCUACAUGCCAAGCAUAAUUUUACGGUCCAAUUGAUCCCUCAAAUAAACUCAACAAGAAAGACAAUACUGCAUUUCCACAUAAUGUCUUCCCAAAACAAAGACAACAACGCCCAACAACCCGGCCUCAUCGCCGGCCACGCCGAGUACAUCAAGGGCGCCGCCGAGGCCGCCAUUGGCAGCGUCACGGGCUCGCACGCCUGGACCUCGUCUGGAGAGCAGGAUAAGGCGCACGCCGCGUCGACGAUGAAGGCUGCUGGCGAGCAGCGUGAUGCAUCAACGCAGGGAUACGGCAAGGCGGAGGAGAUUGCUGGAAAGGCGUUUGGGUGUGAGGGAAUGAAGACUGAGGGAGCUGCUAGCAAGAACGAGUAAUUGGGAGUUACGGGACAUGAUGAUGUGUCAUCAUGAUGGAGUCUGUACGAUUAAGACAUGGCGAUGCGGUUACGAAACUUAUUAUAUUUCUUCAAGACCAAUGCGAACCUACGAUGGCAUUUUGUUAUA